AUGACCGUUCAAUCGGAUGUCGCGGAUCCGCCGUUACUUCCAACAUCUGCACUUCAGAUCCGCCAGUUGAUCGAUAGUCUCGAUAAUGUCGAUGAAAUCGAUGUCGCUAUCAACGCCAUUGCAAAAGCCUAUCAAGCGAAGACCAACAAGUCCAAGCCCGGCUCACAGCUGAGCCGUCAGCUACUAGUUUCUGAUGGGUUCAACGGCACCAGGGCAGUGAGCCGGUUAGCAGCCUACCGCAAGACAGUCGACUACAAUCAGGGUCAUCGUGACGAUAUCCUUGGAUGCGCGUGGGACCAUGUCGAGCCAGUCCACAACUUCCAUGCUGAAGACUGGUACCGCGCAUACACGCUCCUUCGAUGGUUUUGGCGCAAGCAGAUAGGGGCGCGAAGGGCCAACCAACACGAGGGGACAUCGAAGGCCCAAAUCAAUCCAGCAAAGGCAGUCGAGUUCUACGACCCGAAAGACUUGCACGAAGGGACAGACGGAUAUCCCUUGGCAAAAAGAUUCUGUCUCAUCUUAUGA